AAUGGAAUAAAUGAUUUAUUUAUUCUUAAUGACUUGUUGCUCCAUUAUUAUUUUAUCAUGCAUUUACAUGCUUGCAUGGACUUAGUUGAUAUUUAGAUUCUUCAUUACAGGAAGAUUUAUGCAUCAGAAUGUCAACGUUUGUUGGGCUUAUCAAAGAAAUACCAGGCAUCUCGGUGGAUCGUUUUGAUCGAGAAAACAUAAAUUCCUCUGUGUAUUUCCUUAGCCAUUGUCAUAUUGAUCAUAUGUGUGGCUUGGGCACUACGUUUUUUGAUCACUUGAAACAGUAUAAUAAGUAUCUUUAUUGUAGUCGUAUUACUAAAGUUUUCUUAGAAGAUAAGUAUUAUGAAAACCUGCGUAAUGUAGAAACUUAUGUAAAAGAUAUCGAAGUCGAUAAAAAAGUUUGUAUUGAAUAUAGAAGUAAUUAUAACAGCGAAGAGACUGAUAUUCUUUUUGUAACGUUUAUUUCUGCUGGACAUUGUCCUGGUUCGGUGAUGUUUGCUUUUGAGAAAAUGGAUAAAUUAAUAUUAUAUACUGGAGAUUUUAGAAUCAAUCCAAAAGAUUAUCAUAAAAUAAAAUCACUGAAUUAUUGCGAUGAUUUUCCCAAAAAAUUUGAUAAUGUGUAUUUAGAUACAACAUUUUUAAGUCAUGAUUUCAUUCAUCUCCCAACAAGAAUAGAAAGUAUAAAUGUAAUGUGUAAAGUUGUGAAAAAAUGGCUAGAUGAAAGCCCAAGGAAAGUCGUUAUUCUGGAAUGUUCUGCUUUAUAUGGCUCUGAGUUUCUCUACAUGGAGCUGUCGAAAUCUUUGAAAACACUCAUUCAUGUUAAGGAAUAUGUAUACAACAGUUAUAUUCGUAUCCCAGAGUUGGCAUGUCAUGUUACAAAUAAUCCACUGGAUGCACGUAUACAUGCAUGUAUGAGUAAAAAUGCAUGUAGAUAUCGCUCAGGUUUAAAAUGUCGUACCAAUGUCCUUCAGCAGGACAUAUUAACUAUUGUGCCAUCAGUACUAAAGUGGAAGGGACGUGAUACGAGUGUAGUUGGAGAAUGGGAUAAGUUUAAUGAGAAGACGUUUAAUGUAUGUUACUCCACGCAUGCUUCUUUUGAUGAACUUAAGAAAUUUAUACAAUAUUUUAAACCAAAAAAGAUAUAUCCGUGUGUAUGUCCAGAAAACGAACAAGCUACAAUAAAUCGGUUGCUAGAUGAAAUUAGAAGAUAAAAUAAGGGCAAUGUACUUUUACAUUAUAAAAAAAAAGAUAUGUUCUUAAGUACAAAGUUAUAAAUA